AUGGAGCCUGUCUUUGCUCUCUUACAUCUGGUAAUGGCCAUCAUAAAUUUUUCCAAAACUAAUGGGACUGCUUGUACCCUGCAAGGAGAGUCUGUAUACCCACAACUAUCAAAGGAUGGUGAUAUUAUAAUUGGAGGAAUAUUUCCCUUUCAUAGUAGUUGGGAGAUCAAAGACUUGUCCUAUUUGGUUAUACCACCUCCAACGAAGUGCAUGAGUUUUGAUUUCAGAGCCAUACAGUUCUCACAGUCAUUGAUUUUUGCAAUAGAGGAGAUCAACAACAGUUCCGCUUUACUGCCUGGUGUCUCCCUGGGCUAUAAGAUCUAUGACACCUGUAGUUCCACAGCAGUGGGGGUUCAGGUGGCUAUGGCACUCGUUAAUGGAAAUGAGAAAUCAGUCUCAAAUGAGGUCUGCACAAAACCAGCUCAGGUACAAGCAAUAAUAGGAGAGAGCUAUUCUUCAGUGUCCAUGGCUGUUGCAAUGAGUAUUGGACCUUUUAGCAUUCCCUUAAUCAGUCAUGGUGCCACCUGUGAGUGCCUCAGUGACAAAAGGAAAUAUCCCUCAUUUCUGCGCACUAUACCCAGUGAUUACUACCAGAGCAGAGCAAUAGCAGAAAUGGUCAGGCACUUUGGCUGGACCUGGGUGGGGGCAAUAAGAAGAGAUGAUGACUAUGGCAACAGUGGAAUGGCUGCAUUUACUGAAGUUGCAGAGCAGUUGGGCAUAUGCUUAGAAUAUUCACUUCCAUUUUUUAAAACUUAUUCACAAGGAAAAGUUCUGAGAAUCAUUGAGCAGAUCAAAAGCUCCACUUCUCGAGUGAUAGUGGGAUUUGUCGACACCUGGGACUUAGAGAUUUUACUGGAUGCAUUUUUUGAGCAUAACAUCACCGGAUACCAGUGGGUGGGAACUGAGGCCUGGAUCUUUGACCCAGCUCUAGCCACACUGGACAAACACAACAUACUGCAAGGAGCCAUAGGGCUGACUAUUCCUAAAACAGAGGUGACAGGUCUGAAAGAGUUCAUUUUAGAUUUAGACCAAGUAAAAUCUGCAGGCAGUGCCAUUUUUACUAAAUACUGGGAGACAUUAUUUCAUUGUAAGUAUAAAGUCGAGAGCGAUUCAGAGGAUUCAGCAUUAUGCACAGGACAAGAGAAAUUGUCUGAAAUGGACAGCACAUUUACUGACAUGUCCAUGAUGCCAUAUUUCAAUAAUGUGUAUAAAGGGGUUUAUGCUAUUGCCCAUACACUACAUGACCUUCUAGGCUGCAAAGAAACUUGUUCUUCAAAGAAGCAGCCUGAUCCUCUCACAUUUCUAGAAUAUCUCAAAAUGGUGCAUUUCAAAACUAAAGAUGGUGAAGAAGUUUAUUUUGAUAAAAAUGGUGACCCUGUUGCGAGAUAUGAGGUGAUAAACUGGCAAACAAGUAAAGAACAACAACACGAAUUUGUCACUAUUGGACUUUAUGACUCCACUUUCCCUGUUUACAGUCGAUUAUCACUAAACAUGCCUUCUAUUUUGUGGGCUAAAAAUACUAAUAAGGUUCCAAUAUCUGUUUGCAGUGAGAGCUGCCCUCAAGGCACCAGGAAGGCUGUGCAGAAAGGAAAGCCUGUGUGCUGCUUUGACUGUAUACCAUGUGCUGAAGGAGAGAUCAGUAAUAAUACAGAUUCUAUUAAAUGUGAACAAUGCUAUGAAGACUCCUGGUCAAAUCCACAGAGGGAUGAAUGUAUAAAGAAGGAAACUGAAUAUCUGUCUUAUGAGGAAACUAUGGGAAUUUUGCUAACAGCUGUUUCUAUUAUUGGUGCAUUUUUGACACUGUCAAUAUUAGUUGUAUUCUAUAGAUACAAAGAUACCCCAAUAGUGAAAGCCCACAACUCAGAGCUGAGCUUCCUGCUGCUCUUCUCUCUGACUCUGUGUUUCCUCUGUUCACUUACUUUCAUUGGUCAGCCCUCUGAGUGGUCCUGUAUGCUGCGUCACACAGCGUUUGGGAUCACCUUCGUCCUCUGCAUCUCUUGUGUUCUGGGGAAAACAAUAGUGGUGUUAAUGGCCUUCAGGGCUACACUUCCAGGCAGUAAUGUCAUGAAAUGGUUUGGGCCUCCACAGCAGAGGCUCAGUGUUCUUGCCUUCACUCUAAUACAGGUCAUUAAUUGUGUGAUUUGGUUAACUAUUUCCCCUCCUUUUCCCUUCAAAAAUCUGAAGCUCUACAAAGAAAAGAUUAUUUUAGAAUGUAAUGUGGGUUCAAUAAUAAGUUUCUGGGGUGUACUGGGUUAUAUAGGACUCCUGGCUCUCUUCUGUUUUGUUUUAGCUUUUUUGGCUCGAAAAUUGCCUGAUAACUUUAAUGAAGCCAAAUUCAUCACAUUCAGCAUGCUCAUAUUCUGUGCAGUUUGGAUCACCUUUAUUCCAUCUUAUGUCAGCUCUCCUGGAAAAUUCACUGUAGCUGUGGAGAUAUUUGCCAUUCUGGCCUCAAGCUUUGGUUUGUUAUUCUGUAUAUUUCUUCCAAAGUGUUAUAUAAUUGUAUUGAAACCAGACAAAAACACUAAAAAGCAACUUAUGGGUAAAAUGCAAAAUAAGUGA